UAGAUCAACCAACUGAUAAACGUGAGCAAAUAAAUUGAUCAAAAAUUUUCGGAACGCUUCUAUUGCCGCGACUGCCCACGGUCUGUAAAUAAACUGAAAAAUUUAACAAUGAAGUCAAUGUAUCUUAUGUGAUUUGCUAUAAGUUUGAAAAAUGGCGAUGGAUUGCUGUACAAUGAACUAUCCCAUUGAUAAUCAAUAUAUUAUAUUGCUGUAGUUAAUAGGGCGUUCCUAUUAUUCUUUUAUGACUUCCGUAAACAAAAAGAACCAUAAUAAAAUUACAGGAGACUGCAGAGAAUGCAGUUCAAACGACGUUUUUACUGGAAAUAAACAUUGAGAUUCACACCUUGUGUGAAAUAAAUUGUACAGUUCAAAUGGAGUUGUGCACACUGUGGGCCAUGCAACGUGUCUUUCCUGUCAUUCUCAUUAUUUUAUUGUUCAAAGGUGUUCGAUCUCUCUCUCAAUUUGAACUUGUUAAAAAUGUUGGUGAUAAAUUAACUCUUUCUUGCGAUAAAUUUGCAAAAGCUGAGUGGCAGAAGAAUAACUCAGUAAUAAAGACUUCAACUCGACUACAAAUAAGUGACUCUUUUCUUCAUAUUUAUUGCCUUGAAUUAUCUGAUAAUGGUGUCUAUGAAUGUGGUAAUGGCAACAAAUUUUACGUGAACGUAAAUAACCCAGAAAAGAGAGAAUUCUUUCAUGUGUACAACAGUCAAAAUAAGAAGUGCCUGAGUGUAUUGAGCGAUCAAGUGCAUGCGGAAAAUUGCGAUUUGAAUGCUUGUCAACAGAAGUGGAUGUGGACAAAAGAUAGUAAACUUUCCAGCAUUCUCAAUCUCAAAAAUGAAAAGUGCAUUUCUGGAGAAGGACUGUUGAACUCUAGUCUUUAUGUCAAGAAUUGUUCUCAAACAUCACUAACUUGGGAAUGUAUUGAUGUUGCUGUUAAACUGAAAGGUCACCAACUAUAUUUGAGUACUGAUAAUGAUGGAAUUGAAAUCAAGUUACUUCCUUAUAAUAUUGGUAGUAAUCAAUGGUUGAACCAUGCCACAAAGGAUAGUAUUUGUGCCAGUAAUAAGAAAGUUACUAUCAAUUCUCCGCAUAUUGUUGAAGCAGAGAGCAAAUCUGUCAAAGUGGUUUGUCUUGCUAUCAAUUUUUAUUUACCAACUUAUUCUUGGGUCAAAAAUGGCAAAACUGUUAGUGGCAUUAGUGGUUCAUCAUUGCAUAUUGACAAUAAUGUAAUAUUCAUGGCAUUUGCGAAAAAAGAAAGUUCUGGGAAUUAUACAUGCAUAGCAAGGGACAAUUGGGGAACAGCAGCUGCUUUUACUUACAUUGAAAUUUAUGAAGAUCCUUCAGUUAUUAAUCAUUCGUUGAGUCAUCAAGUUGCAUUUGGUAAUGAUGUUUGUCUCUCGUGUGUAAUGUUUUCUAGUAAUUUUGACUACAAAAUCAUCUGGGCUAAGUUUGAUGAUCCAAUUUCGUCAGGAAAUCAGAAAUACUCUAUUGUGAAGAAAAGUUUUCAUUUAAACAAAAUUUCUACAAAACUAUGUAUAAAAUCUGUUAACAUUGAAGACAGUGGGUUGUAUUCAUGUGAAAUUAAUUCAACAAUUGGAAAACAUCGCCUUGAGGGCAAAAUUGAAGUUUUUGCGAAACCAGAAGCUGACAUCUAUGAAACUGGUAACACGUUAAUCUGUAAUGUUUCUGGUUUUCCUAUUCCUCGUAUCACUUGGUACAAAGACAGUAAUGUAUUAAAAGAAAGUGCAAAUGAAGAAAUCUCUCUAACAAUUGAAAAAGUAGACGGAAAUUUAACAUGUGUCGCUUCCAACAUUUUAGGAAUCUCAUCAAAGACGAGCAUUCAAGGAAAAAAAAUCAAUGGUGAAGAUUCAUCAAUGUUGAUAAUCAUCUUAUGUGUGGUUGGCGCCUUGGUGGUUGUAGCUAUAAUUAUAUUGUGUAUUUAUUGUUAUCGUCGAAGAAGAAAAGAGAUUGUGAAUAACAAUUACGAAGGAGUAUAUACAACUGUUCGUUAUACAGCCGCGCCUGGCCAGUUAACGUCUCACCCAGUCUCCUCAUCCGAAUACGCCACGGUUAAUGAUGGGGGUACAAAAUCUCGUAUUGAGUUCAAACCUAAAAAUCCUCAUGCAUAUGAAUCAAAAAGUUUUGGAAUAAAAGCAAAAUAUCAGAGUUUAAAACCUCGUUCUCGUGGAGAAUGGGAAGUUCCUGAAGAAUGCAUGAGAUUGGAAAGAAAACUUGGAGAAGGUCAAUUUGGUCAGGUUUGGAAAGGUGACAUUUUAGGACGAAAAGGAACGCGCACUGUUGCUGUUAAAAUGUUAAGAGAACGUUCGUCGACCAAAGAACGUAAAGAUUUUAUUAACGAGUUGGAAUUUAUGAAAACAAUGUCUCCUCAUCCAAACAUUGUUGCUUUAGUUGGUUGCUGUACUCGAUCAGAAAACGUUAUGAUUCUUGUGGAAUAUGUUGCAGGAGGAAAUUUAAAAGACGUUCUUUUAAACAGUCGUGGAAAAAACAAAGAUACUUACUCAAAUCUUGCUCCAUUUAGCAGCCAUUUUUCAUCCAAUGAUUUGCUAACAUUUGCUUAUCAAAUUGCAAGAGGCAUGAGCUAUCUCGAACAAAUCAAGUGUGUUCAUCGAGAUUUGGCUGCAAGAAAUGUUUUGGUCAGCAAUGAUAAAUCAUGCAAAAUUGGAGAUUUUGGCCUAGCCCGGGAUAUUUACGCUGAAAAUUACUACCGCAAGACAACUGGUGGUCGUUUACCUUUAAGAUGGAUGGCUUAUGAGUCUAUAUUUAAUGGAAUUACUACAAAUCAAAGUGAUGCGUGGUCGUUUGGUGUUGUUCUCUGGGAAAUUGUUACUUUAGGUGGAAAUCCUUACCCAAAUAUGAAUCGUGAUGACGUCAUUGAUAGUUUACAGCGUGGCUACAGGAUGCCCAAACCAACACAUUGUUCUGAUGAAGUUUACUCUGUAAUGUGGGAAUGUUGGCAACAGAAUCCCGACAAACGUCCUACAUUUGCUGAACUUACUGCAAAAUUUCUUCGUUUUAUCUCUCUUCAACAGAGUUUCGUAAAUAUGGAUCAAUUUGGUGAAGAUGAGUAUGUUAAUGUUGGAAGUUACGAAGAAACUGAUGACGAAUAACGUUUCUCGAUAAGUAAUAAUUGAAGGUUUUUUGCCCUGUUACUUAUUUUGACAUGCAUAGAGAAAAAAAUUCUAAUUAUUGGGAGUAAUAAAAUCCAGAGAUAUUUUUCUGCAAUGUAGCUACAGCAUUAGGUAAAAAUGUUUUACAAAAUGUUAACAUUGGCAUGUUUUUGUUCACAGAAGUUUUGCCAGCAUCUAUUUCAAAUGUUAUUAUACGAUUAGUCAGGCUUAUAGCGUACAUACGUUUUACAAAAUGACUUUUUUCAUCAAUUUCAUUGAACAUAUUUUUACAAUUGAGUUCAAGAGAUUUAUCACUGUAUUAUUAAUUCAAAAUGUAAUUAGCGUACUUUAAUACUUGUGUAGAAAUACCUGGAUAAGAUAAUAAUAAAUUUGGGUAACCUCA